GGAGAGGAGUGAGGGGGCCUUCAGAGAGUCAUGAGGAAGAGAUGUAGGAAUGUGCUUUGUUAUGGGUUGAAUAAUUUUUGACGCAGAGGUGGCAGCAUCACAUUUAAUUGUAAGCUGGGGAGUUUCUUGGGAAUGCGUGAUUGACACCCAGUGAGGAGAGCAGGAGGUUGCUUCUCAUCAGGUUGUCAUUCCUGCACUCCAUUUACCUGGCAGUACUCUCGUGGAGACUCCUCUCUUUGGAUGCCUUUAACCUGUCUGACACAAAACUUCCGUGCAGCCUCGCCCAGCGUCACGGAGCCAGCAGCAUGCAGGGAGCCAGCAAUUCCCACAGCGUGGAGAACCAUGUUGAGGUAUUUUGAGGAGACAUUCAGUCAUGCCAUACUCUGUCUGUGGGUGCUAGCAUUGCAGCUCUCAGCAGUCCCAUCGGAGGCUGUGCGGGCAGGACGCAGCGAUGGGGGACUCUCCAACAGAUGAUGUGGGUGAAGGCAGAGACACAGGCUUCCAAGACACGCAGGCUGAACUGGCAGAGCGGGUAGCGGCCAUAGAUUUGGCUGUUAGCCCAGGCAGAAGUGACCAGAAUGGUGAAGACGUCGCAGAAGAAAAUGACACGGUCUUUUCUGAUAACGUAAAAGACAUCCAAAGAAACGGAGUCAACAACGUUGUGGAAACGACUCAAUUCCUGCUCUCCCAACAGCCAGACAAUGCUCAGUGGGGGCAUAACUCCAAGAGACCUCUUGCUAGACCUGUGCUAUCAAGUAGAAAGUUGUCUCUUCAGGAAAGAUCGUCAGGAAGUUAUUUGGCUUCGAGCAAUGCUCCGGGUUGUGGUCAUUACGCCACGGGGCCGUCACCACGCAUAAUGCGGAGACCAACGAUAGAGUCCAAUCGCGUCUCCAUCUCAGAUGCUGAGGACUGUGUGCAAUUAAACCAGUACGAGCUGCAGAGUGAAAUAGGCAAGGGUUCCUAUGGUGUUGUGAAGCUGGCCUACAACAAGGAUGAUGACAAGUAUUAUGCUAUGAAAGUCCUCUCCAAAAAGAAGCUCUUGAAGCAGUACGGAUUUCCACGUCGGCCUCCUCCUAGAGGGUCAAAAACAACCACUGGAGAGCAGACAAAAACAAUGGCACCACUGGACAGAGUCUAUCAGGAAAUAGCCAUAUUAAAGAAACUGGACCAUGUCAACAUUGUUAAACUGAUAGAGGUCCUUGAUGAUCCUGCAGAAGACAACUUAUAUAUGGUGUUUGACCUCCUGAGGAAAGGGGCUGUCAUGGAGGUACCAAGUGAUGAGCCAUUCCGCGAGGAUCAGGCCCGGCUCUACUUCCGAGACAUUGUUUUGGGCAUUGAGUACUUGCACUACCAGAAGAUCAUUCACCGGGACAUCAAGCCUUCCAAUCUGCUCUUGGGAGAUGAUGGGCAUGUCAAAAUUGCUGAUUUUGGAGUCAGUAAUCAGUUUGAAGGGAACGAUGCCCAGCUCUCCAGCACGGCAGGGACACCAGCCUUCAUGGCACCAGAGGCCAUUUCAGACACGGGCAAAAGUUUCAGUGGAAAGGCACUUGAUGUAUGGGCCAUGGGGAUUACCCUGUACUGCUUUGUUUAUGGGAAGUGUCCUUUUAUAGAUGAAUAUAUUCUGGGUCUUCAUAACAAGAUCAAGAGCAAGCCUGUGGAGUUCCCAGAAGAAGCACAAAUAAGUGACGAGCUCAAGGAACUGAUCUUACGCAUGCUUGAUAAAAAUCCAGAAACGAGGAUAACAGUCCCUGAAAUUAAGGUACAUCCAUGGCUAACCAAGGGUGGCGAGGAGCCUCUGCCACUGGAGGAAGAGCACUGUACUGUGGUGGAGGUGACAGAGGAGGAAGUGAAGAACUCAGUGAAGACAAUCCCAAGUUUGCCUGCUGUGAUCCUAGUGAAGGCCAUGCUAAGAAAACGCUCCUUUGGAAAUCCCUUUGAAGUUCAGACCAGACGGGAGGAGAGGUCCAUGUCUGCUCCAGGGAACUUGCUGAUAAAACAAGGGAGCAGAGAAGGAGGCAGGGACUCGGAGCUGCCUGAUGUGUGUGAAGAUGAAGCUACGUCCUGAAGCCACGUGGCUGUCGCAGGCUGGCUGCUCACGUGCUGCUGUUGCCGUACCCAUCGUGGUGUUGUCUAGCACACAUUGCUCACAUCGCAAAGUCCAGGGCCUGCAAAGCAAAAAAAAAAAACAAAACGGAGCAACCUAGCCAACUGAAAAGGAGGAAAAGAGCAGCAAUAAAGAAACGAGCGAGUGUCGGCUGGCAGAGGGCUGGCUUGGCCCCUUGGGCAGCUGUGUUCCUCACGCGAGGUGUCCGUGUGCUCCUCUGUGUGUGCCUUGCUCUCCACUUGUGCUUCACGUGUGAGCUUUGUAGUUGGGUGUCUUGACCAAUGAAUGUUUUUAUUUGCAGUGCAACGAACCAAACAUUGUCUCGUGGGUCGUUCGCCCUAGAGACCUUUUCCUUGGGUUUUUUUUUUUUUUUUCAUCCUCUGUUUCAAAGAUCAGGAAAAAAAAAAAAAGACAUCAAAGCUAGGUCUUAUAUCAGAGAGCGACUCUUAUUUAAUGCACGCAUGAAGCAGUUCUGUGUACCAGGAUGCAGUCCUGUUCCACUUGGAGCUGGUGGUAACAUUUCUACCGACAGCAGUUACAGAAGGAUGAGAUCUCCCUUUUGGUGUUUACUCUGUCACUCUCUAUGCCUUUUUUUUCCCCUUCUCCUCGUAACCCUUAGUGUAAAUCCUGCCAGCACUGAUAGCUUUAUUCAUGGCAGUGUCAUAAACUACAAGAACUACGUGACAUUUCCUGUGCAAUGAGCCUUGAAUGCCACAGAGAGCUGAACCACCAGGAUACACGUGAAGGCUUAGUGCACAGGGGACGUCUGUUAAUGAGCUGUGCCCUUCCCAAGGAGCUGGGAUUUCACUCCAUCACCUGCUCCCAGUCCUGUGCGCAUGGAUGUUGUUCUGAACUCUAAAAAGAAGUGACGGGUUUGGCAUUUAUCUCCUUUAAGGGUGAUUUCCUUUCACGCGCAUCUCUUAGCUUCUUUAAAAUGUGUGCCUGAUGCUUUUCAACUCUGAUUUCCUGAUAGGUGGCCCGAAACAGGAGAGCUCUUAAAGAUGGAAAACAUUGGUGGAAGGUUUUUAAACUAAGGAAGGUACAGAACACAAACGAGAUAAAAUGAAAACUUGAUCUGUAGUUGCUUGAGGCCGUCGUUUUUCAUUUACGACCAUAAUUUUAUGCACGUGCUGAUGCUGCUGAUAGCAAUCCAUGGAUUGCUUCUGAACUUGGGGUUAGAAGCUCCAUCUCUCCAGGUGGUGGCAGGUUGAGGUGCUGUGCUCAAGGAGCAGAUGCAGUCGUUUCUCCGCUGCUGUGUGUAAUCAGGAAUUUCACUCUUGCACGCCAAGAGUAAAAGCCAAUGACAUCAAUCCAUCGAAGCAUACGUCGGCAUUUUCCUUUGAGCUUUAAGGGGGUCUGAGCGUGCCCCCAGUAAGUCAACGGACUGAAUUCUUGUACUUAAAGGACACGAUUAAAUUUGGUUCCUCCAUAAUCAUUUUACUGACUUUUUUUAGGUUAACCAUGAGGGCUUGGGGCUUGAGUCCCCUGAUUCUUUGUGCGAGGGGAUAUGUGUACAAGGGUUAUUAGCAGCAACUGGUAUAGCAGCUUUCCCAUUCUGUUCACUGCAGUUUAGUUUGGUUCCCAAUGAUUUUGUGGCUGAGCUUUGCUUCCAGUGCCUUCUGCUUGCUGUCCCCUGCCUGCCACCUCUGUGUCCUCCCCUUUGCUCGUCUCCAGCUGCUGGGAGGCCCAGAGGCAGCCUGGGCUCUGCCCCACAUCCUGCCUAUAAGUAUUGGCCUAGCCUCGUGGCUUGGGAUGUAUUAUUGUAGCUAUGGUGUUUUGUCAAGGAGCCCUUCCAUUUUAAAAUCAGGCAGCAGGAUUAUGUCCCGUAAAUGUUAUUGCUGUGGGGCCGUAUUCUGCAUCACUUGCAUCCAGGUAUUGCCCCUGCCUGCACCUGCAGUGCACUCAGCGUCCUCCGAGGGCCGUGGUUCUGCUCCAGCCAAGCUCUGUGAUGCAUCCCUGCGCACUGCAGCGCUUGAGCCAUAUUGACUCAUAAUGAACAUUUAAACACACAGCAAAAGAGAGGGAGAACCAAGGUGGGACCUUGGCGAGUCCGUAGAGCACAGCUGGGGCUCUGCAAACGCGGGAGGAAGGCUGAGCUGGGACAAACUGCACAGCCGGCAUGGACGGGGUGGCUGUGCAGGGAAUGCCUGCACGCAGCUGGCCCCGCUUGGGGCAAAUGAGACCUCACUGGGGAUGGAGCACGAGGGCACCACCAGGUCCUGCUGGGCAGCUCCAGGGGAAGGGCAGCGGCAGCGGGCAGAAGGAUGGCUCUCACCGAGCGUGUCCCUGAGGCUGGGCACGGAGACAGCGGGCCAGGGAACGAGGGAGAAAAGAGAGCAGCUGUAAUCCUUGUCAGCGUGGGUCUGCUGAGGUCUGAGCAACGCUCGGGUGGUGCUCGCAGAGCUGUAAGGCCACCAAUGAGGUUUUAUUUCUUGUGUUUGUGAACAGAUGGUAAGGGGGAGAAGUUUGCUAACGCAGGCGGUUGUUGGGGUUCCUCUAAAAAUGUGCAGCUGGGGGAGUUGAUGGGGUGAGGCGGCUGGGAAGCUGCUCUCAGCCUCCAUUAAUGAGACCAAGCAAAUAAUUUACAGAUUUUUCUCCAUGUUCUUAGAGUGGUAACAGGAGCACUGCUGUAGUUUUGGAGGGGAAUUGAGGAGAGUGGGUAUUUGUUAUGAUUAUCUGAAAAUCUGCUUUGGAAAGUUGCCUGUUUUUGGUGAAAGAAAUCUUUCUGGAGCUGUUUCUGCAGGUUCAGGGAACAGAAAGUAUUACAGGGCUGAGCUUUUGUCAGACCUCAUUUCUCCAUGCAGUCCGCCAGCUUUGUGGGUUUGCCUCCGGAAACUGCACAAAUCAAAAAGGUGGGAGCAGCACAAGCAGCAAGAACUGCUGGAGUUGAUUCAGAGGCUGGUGUGACUGCUGCAAGGACGUUUCUUUCACUGAGCUGCAAUGAAACUCCUGCUCGUUUUUAUGUGUGCUAGGGCAGCUAGGAGCAAUGCUGCUUGUACUUCGAAGAAAGAAAGAGACACAAGAGAGAACCUGUUCGAAACGAACACCCUUGGCAAGCCAGCCCUUUUGUUUGCUCUGGAAAGCCAUUCUCGUUAGCUGGGUGUCCAAAUAUUUGUCUUUGUUCUCGCUGUGAGCAAGGGGUGGGAUUUGGGGUGGCAGGGCUGCAGCGUGACUCGCUGGGUGCUGUGGGCACUGGCGGAUGCUGUUGUGUUUACUCUGUGCUUUUCCUCUCCCAGUCCCCGCUUGCUGGUGCUGCUGUGUGCAAACAGGUGCCCGCCAGCUCCGUGCUGUGUGUGCUGUGUGUGCUGUGUGUGCUGCGCUGUGCACAGGGCUCCUCCUGACGGCAGUCGGCUCCGCUCAGCCUUCCAGCUCAGGGAUGGGCGCAGCGCAGGAGGCUCUGAUGGAAGUUUCUCUUUUGGAGGAACAGCACAUCUUUCUGAUCUCUGGGAGGUCGCUUGUCUCUCUUGCUCCGUGAAUUGCUGCAGGUCUUCAGUUUGGGGGGUAGCGAAUCAUAGAAUAUAAUCGUAGAGGUUGGAAAAGACCUCCAAGAUCAUCCAGUCCAACCGUCCACCCACCACCAAUAUUUCCCCACUAACCCGUGUCCCUCAGUACCACAUCUAAACGUUUCUUGAGCACCUGCAGGGACGCUGACCCCCCUUCCCUGGGCAGCCUGUGUCAGCCCUUGAUGGCUCUUUCAGAGAAGAAAUUUUUCCUGGUAUCCAACCUGAAUCUCCCCGGGUGCAGCCUGAGGCCGUUCCUCCUGCUCCGGCUGGCAGCCCUGCUGCUGAUACACGCCAGGAUGCUGUUGGCCUUCUUGGCCACCUGGGCACGCUGUGCUAAGUGAAAGUCCUCAUUUAACAUCUCCUGUCUGGUAUGAAGGAGUACUGCAGGAAAACAUUGCCAUGAAUACCACGCUUGCAAAUAAAUGAGCUUUGCAGCUAUUUAAUGACACAUUACAGCAGAUGCAUGGAUAACAACUCGCAGUACUUAGGAAGCUGCCUCAGCCAGCUGGGUGUGUGUGUGCUGUCCCUGCUCUUGCACUGUGAUUUCCACUGAUGCAGCCCCAGGAAACAGCAGCGUGGGCUCCGUGGUGCACCUUGCAGAGUUAGCUUUCGAGCAGGAGCACGUUCCUGUGGCAGCUGGGGUCAGCACGCACGGAGUUUGGCUGGAAGUUCACUGGGAAACUUGUGCUGAGGACGUGGUGCAGGAUGGCACGGUACCCCCAGCUGCAUUGUCUGGGGGAUCCAGGGAGAACAGGCUGCUGCUGCAGCAGAAGGCAGCAGGAGGAAGGCGGCAUAGCUGCUCGUGCAGGAUGGAGUGCAGCCCGGUGAGGUGACAACCAGGGCAGGAUUUAAUUCAUUGCUGGAUUCGUGCAGGGAAGCUGCCGUGCGGAAUUGGAUGUUCCUCCAUUGUUGUCACCUUGCUGCCUGCUUGCGCUGCUGUUCUGCAGUGAGAUGCUCCUGGCUUGGGGGGGGAAGGCUCAGCCUGGGGGGUAGGAUCUGAACAAGGGAGGGAUGGGCAGAGGACGAGGCCUGCAGCGCUGUGGAACCCAGCCAAGAGCAGGAGCACGGUGGUGUCUGGCAGGGAGCUGGAGACAGAAAGCACCACAUCGUGACUUUUUGUGUACGUGUAACUUAGUUUGGGUAGCAACCAUCUCCCCUUUACCAGGGCUUGUGUGCAGUGCUGUUUGCUGAGCCAAGCAGCGAAAGGGAUUUCUUUGCUGGCCCAAAGCCCCUGCAGAAGACCACGUCCUGAGCUGGACGUGGGGCUCUGCACGUCCCAUCCCGUCCCGUCCCCGCUCCCUGCCCCUGAGCGCAGCCUCCCGUGGGCUGGCAGACAUCAGUCACAGGACGGCGGCAGCACACCAAGUGCUCUGAAAAUCUGUAAAUUCAAGAAAAAAAGGAAAAAAUAGGACCUGUCAGGAUAUAAUUCUGACCUUCUGUGCCGUAACCUUGCUGCUGUGUACCUGAUUUAUGCCUGUUCCGUUAGAAUUUAAGUCUCUUGUUCUACUCGAUGUGCAGUAUGACUCUGUAUGCACUCUGCUCUGACCCCAGCAUGAUGUAUAUGCACUCAGUACUGUAAUGGCACGUGGCCGUUACCCUGUAAAUAUGUACCAUGAAUAGAGAGGCUAUUUUUUGCAUGCUUUUGUACUCUAGAACCAAAAAGAAAAUGACAAUAAAGUCCACGGGAACGA